AUGGCUACUAAUAUUACUUGGCAUUAUAAUUUAACCUAUGAGGAAAGAAAAGCUUUCAGAAAGCAAGAUGGAUGUACUGUUUGGCUAACUGGUUUAAGUGCAUCAGGUAAGAGUACUAUUGCUUGCGCUUUGGAACAAUUAUUGCUGGAAAAAGGGAUAGCUGCUUACAGAUUGGAUGGCGAUAACAUUAGGUUUGGUUUAAACAAGGAUUUGGGAUUUUCUGAAAAAGAUCGCAAUGAAAAUAUUCGCAGAAUUGCUGAGGUGUCUAGAUUAUUUGCCGAUUCUUGCUGUAUAUCUCUAACUUCCUUUAUCUCGCCAUACAGGGAUGACAGAGACAAAGCUAGAGAAUUACAUAAGGAAAGCGGAUUGAAAUUUAUCGAAGUCUUUGUUGAUGUUCCUUUGGAAGUUGCGGAACAAAGAGACCCAAAGGGACUGUAUAAAAAGGCUAGACAAGGUGUUAUUAAGGAUUUCACAGGCGUAUCUGCUCCAUACGAAGAGCCAGAAUCGCCAGAGUUGCAUUUAAGAACGGACAAAUUAUCUGUUGAACAAUGUGCUGAACAAAUUUUUGAAUACUUGAAAAAGGAAGGAUUGAUCAACUGA